AUGACCAAUCCUCAGCCUGCAAUAGAAGGUGGUGUUUCAGAAGUUGAGAUAAUUUCACAACAAGUGGAAGAAGAGACCAAAAGCAUUGCUCCUGUACAGCUUGUUAAUUUUGCUUAUCGAGAUCUACCUUUAGCUGCACUUGAUCUGUCUGUGGCUGGGUCCCAGCUUUUGUCAAAUUUGGAUGAGGAGUACCAAAGAGAAGGAUCUAACUGGCUAAAACCAUGCUGUGGGAGGCGAGCAGCUGUGUGGCAGGUAUUUUUGCUCAGUGCAAGUCUCAACAGUUUCCUGGUAGCCUGUGUAGUAUUGGUGGUGAUUCUUCUGACUCUGGAACUCCUAAUAGAUAUAAAGCUUCUCCAGUUUUCAAGUGCUUCACAGUUUGCAGGAAUAAUUCACUGGAUCAGCCUAGUCAUCCUGUCUGUUUUCUUUUCAGAGACUAUUUUGAGGAUUGUGGUCCUCGGCGUAUGGGAUUACAUUGAAAACAAAAUAGAGGUGUUUGAUGGUGCUGUCAUAAUCUUGUCCUUGGCACCAAUGGUGGCCUCAACAGUGGCUAACGGCCCCAGCAGCCCAUGGGAUGCUAUCAGCCUUAUUAUCACACUACGAAUAUGGAGAGUGAAGAGGAUCAUUGAUGCUUAUGUCCUUCCAGUGAAAGUGGAGAUGGAGAUGAUGAUUCAGCAAUAUGAGAAGGCAAAGGUUAUUCAAGAUGAACAGCUGGAAAGACUAACCCAGAUCUGCCAAGAACAAGGGUUUGAAAUCAGGCAGCUGAGGGCCCACCUUGCUCAGCAGGAUUUGGAUCUGGCUGCAGAGAGAGAGGCUGCGCUGCAGGUCCCGCAUGUACUGAACAAACAGAGCAGCAACAGGUACAAGGUGGUAGCAACUGAAGAUUCGGAUGAUGAAGUCACCGAGAACAUCACUGAGCUGCGACCUCCACGAGAAUUAGACUCUGUUAAAUAUGAUGAAAGUGCAUUACCAGAAAUACAGAUAUGCAGGUACUUUCUGACUGUAGCUGAAGGUUCCAUGCCUGAACAAGAACCUGUAUCUAUACAGGCUGGCAGGCUUGGCGGCGUUUAG